AUGAAAUUUAUAACGAAACGUGAAAUUGAAUUUUCAAUUGAUGCUAAAUACCGAAAUCAAAUCAAUGAACAUUGUGGUGAUGGCGAUUCGUACUAUUUCCCGGCCUUAAAUGAAUGCUAUCGUAUUUAUCGUACGCCUUACAGUAAUCUUAAUGCCAAUUAUGUUGGUGAGAGAAAUGAAUUAGCUUACGGUACGAGUCAAUAUGAUUAUAUGUAUAAUUGUUGGGAACUUUAUCGCGGAAAGUUACUCGAUAUUAGGGAUGCAGUUGUAGAAGAGAAAAUGCAAUUGGUGAAACAGAUAGCACUGCGAUUUUAUAGCAUUACCGGACAACGCGAUGCUAUUCGGGUAGGCUUCAUGAUUAAUAAAAAUUAUGAAAUAAUGUCCCAAAAUGGUACUUUUUACGAUAUAUUGGAUGGAGUUUACGUGAAAAUGCAUCCAACCGAACCGUGCGAUAAUAUUUGCUGUAUUGUGAUAAAAUUAGCUGAAACUGAUGAGACUUUGGAUUAA